GACGUCUAAUUCACGCGGCCGUCAAAGAUACGCACGAGGAAAUCUUGUAAUCAACUUUUACAGGGCUUUUAACGGCGCUCAAAGCAACGCUAAAACACGCGUUUAUGUUUUGGAUGUUUUGCUUUUAAACAACUUGGUGUGAAAUGGCCACUUUUGAGUCUCUCGGGCUGUGUGAGUGGUUGAUCAAGCAGUGUAAGCAGAUGGGAAUCAGCCGACCGACCCCAGUUCAGGAGAAAUGCAUCCCUGCCAUAUUAGAAGGUCGGGAUUGCAUGGGCUGUGCAAAAACGGGAAGUGGUAAAACGGCAGCAUUUGUUCUUCCAGUGCUGCAGAAGCUGUCCGAGGACCCUUACGGUGUUUUCUGCUUGGUGUUAACACCCACAAGGGAGCUUGCUUACCAGAUCGCAGAACAGUUCAGAGCAUUAGGGAAGCCUCUGGGCUUAAAGGACUGUAUCAUUGUCGGAGGAAUGGACAUGGUUACUCAGGGCUUGGAGUUGUCGAAAAAGCCACAUGUUGUUGUGGCCACACCGGGACGGCUUGCUGAUCAUAUCCGAAGCUCUGACACAGUUAGCCUGAACAGAAUCCAAUUUCUAAUCCUGGAUGAAGCUGACCGACUCUUAGAGCAGGGCUGCACAGAUUUCACUAAAGAUCUAGAGGUCAUUCUCAGUGCUGUGCCUGCAAAGCGUCAGACGCUGCUGUUCAGCGCCACGCUCACAGACACGCUGCAGCAGUUGCAGAGCAUCGCCAUGAACAGGCCCUUCUUCUGGGAACACAAAUCAGAAGUGCAGACGGUCGAAGAACUGGAUCAGAGAUUCAUCCUCACUCCUGAGAAAGUCAGGGAUGCUUACCUGGUCCAUCUCAUCCAGAAGUUCCAGGAUGAACAUGAUGAUUGGUCUAUCAUGAUAUUCACUAACACGUGCAAGAACUGUCAGAUACUCACAAUGAUGCUGCGUGAAUUCAAUUUCCCAACCAUCUCCCUGCACUCAAUGAUGAAGCAGAGACAGCGUUUUGCCAACCUUGCAAAGUUCAAGUCUAACGUAUUUAAAAUUCUCAUAGCCACAGAUGUUGCUGCAAGGGGUUUGGAUAUUCCUACAGUGCAAGUUGUUAUUAAUCACAACACACCAGGUUUGCCGAAAAUCUACAUCCACAGAGUGGGACGAACCGCUCGAGCCGGCCGAAAUGGUGUAGCAAUCACAUUAGUCACACAGUACGACAUCCAUCUCAUCAGUGCCAUUGAGGAACAGAUCCAGGCGAAGCUAAGCGAGUUUCCUGCUGAAGAAAAAGAAGUGCUGAAGAUCCUCACACAAGUCAAUGUUACAAGGCGACAGUGUGAAAUUAGACUGGAAUCCACUGAUUUUGAUGAGAAAAAGAAGAUAAACAAAAGGAAGCAAAUGAUUCUGGAGGGAAAAGAUCCAGAUUUGGAAGAAAAAAGAAAACACGAACAAGAGAAGAUCAGAAGACAGAGGAAGAAACAGAAUAGAAAGGAGGCGAAGAAACACAGUGCAAAAACGACGGCAGUGGAUUCUUGAAGUGUUGAUAUUGCACAUUAAGAUCUGUAUAUACUAUAUAGCGUAUAGUGCCAUCAAUGUAUACAAUAUGUGAUCAUUAUUCCAAAAUAAACCACAUUUCGUGAGCGA